AUGGAAAUAUUAAGUUUCAUCGGAAUAAUUAUCUUUUUAUAUAUUAUACAUUUUUACUUUCGUUAUUAUACCCGUCCAAACCCUCUUCCUGGACCAUUUCCAUUGCCAUUUAUUGGUACAAUUCUUCAAAUUGGGUUAAACCCUCGUAAAUGGGCUGAAAAAAAUUUAGAUGAUUCUAUUGAUAUGUGGGAGUUUUAUGUUGGCCCUUUUCGGGUUGUAAUCGUCUGUGAUGCAAAAUAUGUUGAUAAAAUAUAUUUAUCAUAUCGUGAUACGAAUAGAUUAUACCGUGAAUCUAAAUUUUCUAAUCGUAAAAUUGCUGCUUAUGAUGAAUUUGGAAUAUCAAAGGGUGUAAUAUUUAAUGGUGUUUUCCAUAAAUGGAAACGACUCCGGCAAUUUGUUACAAAAGUUUUAAUGUCAAAAAAGUACCAUUAUGGGUUCAUAAAUAGUGUUCAAGAAAUAUUUAAGGAAUAUGAAAAUCAAUGGGAUAAAAAUGACGUUGUAACCUUAGAUAUUUCCAGUUGGGUAUCUUAUUAUAAAACAAAAUUAACAAUCACAACUGUUAUUGGACAACCAUUAUAUAAUUUAUCAUCAUUUGAGUCAAUUUCCAAGGCUGCAUCUGAAUAUAUUGCAAUGAUGCUUUUCGUAAUCCUUAUACCAAAAUUUAUUAGCAGAAUUGUUAUGUCAAUUGGAUUUCGUAACAUGAAAAAAAGCUCUAUUUUUUUGAAUGGUACAAUGCAUGAAAUAAUUCUAAAACGCAGGAAUGAGAUUAAGAAUGGAUCACCAACGAAUUUUAAUUUACUGGACCUAUUGUUGAUUUCUAACUCAUCAAAUGAUUCUGACGAAUAUAUAGAGGGUGAAAAACCUAUGGAUGAUGAUGAAAUUGAGAUCAAUCUUGUUGAAAUUACUGCUGUUUCUAUCGAUACGACCAGCUCUACAUUUUGUUUCAUCAUUUAUAACGUUGCCAAAAAUCCUUCAAUUUAUAAAAAACUUCGUGCUCAAAUUCUUGAAGUAUUUGGCUCAAAUACAAAUUCAAUGGUCACUUAUGAAGAUCUUGAAAGGUGUUAUUAUAUAGAUGCAUUGAUUAAAGAAACCUUACGUCAUUCAAAUCCAGCUCCAUACGUUUUACGUGUACUUGAUGGUUAUGAAAGCACAGAUAAAAUUCAUUGGCCAUCUGGAACAUGGUUCUUUGUUGAUAAUCACCGAAUAAUGAAUAAUUCUAAUUAUUGGAAUGAACCAACGUACUUUAAUCCCGAUAGAUUUCUUAGUAAAGAACAUGGAGGUACUGAUGAAUUUAAUAAUAUAUGUAAGAAUGGAUAUUGA